AUGCGCCGCCGUCCGUUCAGUUACCUCAUAUGCCCCGCCAUCCGUUCAGUUGACCAAUCCUUUUUUUUGGCAUCAUCGUCGAUCCGAGUCCAGUGCUGCUGUCGCGAGACUGCCAUCAGCGUCGCUAGGCCUCCCUUCCGCAGCGUCUCUGCGUUAGAUGCCCGUCGACAACCUCCAGCCGCCGCGUCGCUAGGCCUCCCUCCUGCCGCGCCUUAA